AUGGCAGAGUACGUCCCCCAGCCUCCCUCCACCUGGCUCGCAGGCCCACAGCCCCCUCAUGUCUCUGCUGCCUGCCCACUGGAGCCCGUGGAUCUGGGGGUCUCGGAGCAGCAAACGCCACCGGAACAGCUGCCAUCCUCUCCAGAGUUCGGUGAGGAUGAGGAAGUGACCUCCCCGCCAGACCCUGAUGUCCCCUACCCUGACUUGGCUCCGGUUGUCUUCUUCUGCUUGAAGCAGACCACAAGCCCACGGAACUGGUGCAUCAAAAUGGUGUGCAACCCCUGGUUUGAGUGUGUCAGCAUGAUGGUAAUUUUGUUAAACUGCGUUACCCUGGGGAUGUACCAGCCGUGUGAGGACAUGGACUGCCUUUCUGACAGGUGUAAAAUCUUGCAGGUAUUUGAUGAUUUCAUCUUCAUCUUCUUUGCCAUGGAAAUGAUCUUAAAGAUGGUGGCCCUGGGGAUCUUUGGCAAGAAGUGUUACCUUGGAGAUACCUGGAACCGCCUGGAUUUCUUCAUUGUCAUGGCUGGGAUGGUGGAGUACUCUUUGGAUCUCCAAAACAUUAACUUGUCUGCAAUCCGUACUGUCCGUGUCCUGAGACCCUUGAAAGCUAUCAACCGUGUGCCUAGCAUGCGCAUCCUUGUGAACUUGCUCCUGGACACCUUGCCCAUGCUGGGGAACGUCCUUCUUCUCUGCUUCUUUGUCUUCUUCAUCUUCGGCAUCAUCGGGGUGCAGCUGUGGGCUGGGCUCCUCCGCAACCGCUGCUUCAUGGAGGAGAACUUCACGAUACAAGGUGAUAUUGUCCUACCCCCUUAUUACCAGCCCGAGGAAGAUGAUGAGAUGCCCUUUAUCUGCUCACUGUCAGGAGACAAUGGAAUUAUGGGCUGUCAUGAGAUACCCCCACUGAAGGAGCGGGGCCAUGAAUGUUGUUUGGACAAGGAUGAUUAUUAUUACUACAACUCAGUCCGGCAAGAGUUCAACAUCAGUGGCAUGUGUGUCAACUGGAACCAGUACUACAACGUGUGCCGUACAGGCAACGCCAACCCGCACAAGGGUGCCAUCAACUUUGACAACAUUGGAUAUGCCUGGAUUGUGAUAUUUCAGGUGAUUACGCUGGAAGGGUGGGUUGAGAUCAUGUACUACGUGAUGGAUGCCCAUUCCUUCUACAAUUUUAUCUACUUUAUCUUGCUUAUAAUCGUGGGCUCCUUCUUCAUGAUUAACCUUUGCCUGGUGGUCAUUGCCACCCAGUUCUCAGAGACCAAGCAGCGGGAGCACCAGCUGAUGCAGGAGCAGAGGGCGCGGUACCUCUCCUCUAGCACAGUUGCCAGCUACAUGGAGCCAGGAGACUGCUACGAGGAGAUAUUCCAAUACGUCUGCCACAUCGUGCGCAAAGCCAAGCGCCGCACCCUCGGGCUGUACAACACCAUCCAGAGCCGGCGCCAGGGCCGCACGGAGCCAAGCGAUGCCAAGCUGGGCGGCAACAGGAAAAGCCAGAGGCACUACAAGCUUUGCCAGCAGCACAACUCUCUUGACUGCCCUCCUCGGAGCUUGAUCGAGCCCAUUGCUGUGACAGCAACCUCUGAUCCCACCAACUGCCCCCGAUGCCACAGGGUGGAGCAUGAAGCAUCCCGAAGGCUCUCUGUCCUGGGUAGCGCUGACUCAGGCCAGGAGGAUGAGGCAGCCAGUGAAGAGGAGGGAGAGGGCAGCCAGGAGGACCAGGGUGCCUCAGGGCUGGAGAAGGAGGAGGAGGAGGUGGAACAAGGUGGACGACUGAAGCUCUGCAGUGACAUGUGGAGAGAAGUGAGGGUCAAGCUUCGAGGGAUUGUGGACAGCAAGUACUUCAACCGUGGGAUCAUGAUUGCAAUCCUGGUGAACACUAUCAGUAUGGGCAUUGAGCACCACGAGCAGCCAGAAGAAUUGACCAACAUCUUGGAGAUCAGCAACGUUGUUUUUACAAGCAUGUUUGCCCUGGAGAUGAUCCUGAAACUCGCUGCUUUUGGUCUCUUUGAUUACCUCCGCAACCCCUACAACAUCUUUGACAGUAUCAUCGUCAUCAUCAGCAUCUGGGAAAUCAUCGGCCAGGCUGAUGGGGGCCUCUCUGUGCUGAGGACGUUCCGUCUCCUGCGGGUACUGAAGCUGGUGCGUUUCAUGCCCGCCCUGCGCCGCCAGCUCGUGGUGCUGAUGAAGACUAUGGACAACGUAGCCACUUUCUGCAUGCUCCUCAUGCUCUUCAUCUUUAUAUUCAGCAUCCUGGGAAUGCACAUCUUUGGUUGCAAAUUCAGCCUCAGGACAGACACGGGAGAUACGGUUCCUGACCGGAAGAAUUUUGACUCGCUGCUGUGGGCCAUCGUCACCGUGUUCCAGAUCCUAACUCAGGAGGACUGGAAUGUUGUGCUCUAUAAUGGCAUGGCCUCCACGUCGCCAUGGGCAUCCCUCUACUUUGUGGCUCUCAUGACGUUUGGCAAUUACGUGCUCUUCAAUCUGCUGGUUGCCAUUCUCGUGGAGGGGUUUCAGGCUGAGGGUGAUGCCAACCGGUCAUAUUCAGAUGAAGAUCAGAGUUCAUCAAACAUGGAGGAGUUAGAUCAGUUCCAAGAGAUCCAGGAAGGCUCAGAUCCCAAGCUCUGUGCAAUUCCUGUGACACCUAAUGGACACUUGGACCCAUCCUUGCCCUCUUCCAACCCACCAGUGGCUGCUGGGGGAAUCACCAACUCCUCUCGUAACUCCCUGCAGCCUGACCAGAUCCGUGUUGCUGUUGGCUCCCGGAAGAGCAGCGUGAUGUCCCUGGGGAGAGUGACCUACGACCAGCGAUCCUUGUCCAGCUCCCGCAGUUCUCACUAUGGUGCCUGGGGCCGCAGUGGAGCCUGGGGCAGCCGCCGCUCCAGCUGGAACAGCCUGGCCCGGGGACACAGCCUGAAGCACAAACCUCCGUCUGCUGAGCACGAGUCCCUCCUGUCUGGGGAAAGGCACAAGGAGGCAGAUGGGGAGCCUGAUGGGGCAAGAAGGGUGUUUCAUCACCGCCGGACACUCUCCCUGGACAACAAAGGCUCCUGUGACCUGCUGGAGUUGGCCUCGGUCCCAUCUGGCCACAGAGUGACCUGUAAGCUGGGAGCAGCAUCCGGGGCCAGCGAGCAUCAAGACUGCAAUGGCAAAAUGCCCACGAUUGCCAAGGAGAUCUUCCCAAAGAUGGACAACCGCAAGGAGCGGGGAGAGGAUGAUGAAGAGAUAGAUUAUAGCCUGUGCUUUCGAAUCCGGAAGAUGAUGGAAGUCUAUAAGCCAGACUGGUGUGAAUUACGGGAAGACUGGUCCAUAUACCUCUUCUCUCCACAAAACAGGUUUCGCCUCCUCUGCCAAACCAUCAUUGCUCACAAGCUCUUUGACUAUGUUGUGCUGGCCUUCAUCUUCCUGAACUGCAUCACCAUUGCCCUGGAGAGACCACAGAUUGAACACAGGAGCACGGAGAGAAUAUUUCUUACUGUGUCCAACUACAUUUUCACAGCAAUUUUUGUAGCUGAGAUGACACUGAAGGUGGUCUCUCUAGGCCUGUAUUUUGGGGAUCAGGCUUAUCUCCGCAGCAGCUGGAACAUCUUGGAUGGCUUCUUGGUCUUCGUGUCCCUCAUUGACAUUGUGGUCUCAGUGGCCUCUGCUGGUGGUGCCAAAAUCCUGGGGGUGCUGCGAGUCCUCCGGCUGCUGCGCACCUUACGUCCCCUCCGGGUCAUCAGCCGAGCCCCUGGCCUGAAGCUGGUGGUGGAGACACUCAUUUCUUCCCUAAAGCCCAUAGGAAACAUAGUCCUCAUCUGCUGUGCUUUCUUCAUCAUCUUUGGCAUCCUGGGUGUGCAGCUCUUUAAGGGCAAGUUCUACCACUGCCUGGGAGUUGACAUCAGGAACAUCACCAACAGGUCUGACUGUGUGGCUGCCAACUACAAGUGGGUUCACCACAAGUAUAACUUUGACAACCUGGGACAGGCUCUGAUGUCCCUCUUUGUUCUGGCUUCCAAGGAUGGCUGGGUCAAUAUUAUGUAUAAUGGACUAGAUGCAGUGGCUGUUGACCAGCAGCCCGUGACCAACAACAACCCCUGGAUGCUCCUCUACUUCAUCUCCUUUCUCCUCAUCGUCAGCUUCUUUGUGCUCAACAUGUUCGUGGGGGUGGUGGUGGAGAACUUCCACAAGUGCCGGCAGCACCAGGAGGCCGAGGAGGCGCGCCGGCGGGAGGAGAAGCGCCUGCGCCGCCUGGAGAAGAAGCGAAGGAAGGCGCAGCGUUUGCCGUACUAUGCUACCUACUGCCCCAUACGCCUCCUUAUUCAUUCGGUCUGCACCAGCCACCAUCUGGACAUCUUCAUCACUUUCAUCAUCUGCCUCAACGUGGUCACUAUGUCCUUGGAGCACUACAACCAGCCUGUGUCCCUGGAGACUGCUCUCAAGUACUGCAACUACCUGUUCACCACCGUCUUUGUGCUGGAAGCAGUCCUCAAGCUGGUGGCAUUCGGUCUGCGACGAUUCUUCAAAGACAGGUGGAACCAGCUAGAUCUGGCCAUUGUGCUGCUAUCUGUCAUGGGCAUCACGCUGGAAGAGAUUGAAAUCAAUGCUGCUCUCCCAAUUAACCCCACUAUCAUCCGGAUCAUGAGAGUGCUACGCAUCGCCCGGGUCCUGAAGCUACUGAAGAUGGCCACAGGAAUGCGAGCACUGCUGGAUACUGUUGUUCAAGCCUUGCCACAGGUGGGAAACCUUGGACUCCUUUUCAUGCUCCUCUUUUUCAUCUAUGCUGCUCUAGGAGUGGAGCUCUUUGGAAAACUGGUAUGCAAUGAUGAGAACCCCUGUGAGGGCAUGAGCCGCCACGCCACCUUUGAGAACUUUGGGAUGGCCUUCCUCACGCUCUUUCAGGUGUCCACGGGUGACAACUGGAACGGCAUCAUGAAGGAUACCUUGCGUGACUGCAGCCAUGAUGACCGGAGCUGCCUCAGCAACCUGCAGUUCAUCUCCCCGCUGUACUUUGUCAGCUUUGUGCUCACAGCCCAGUUUGUCCUCAUCAAUGUGGUGGUAGCUGUGCUGAUGAAACAUCUUGACGAUAGCAACAAGGAGGCCCAGGAGGAUGCAGAGAUGGAUGCUGAGAUUGAGCUGGAAAUUGCACAUGGGCUGUGCUCCCGCAAGUCAGGCUCCUCGAAGUCAGGACAGGGAAAAGGAGCAGGAACAGGAGGAGGUAGUGGGAGAACCGAUCCUGAAGGACGUCUGUGCAUGAGAUGUUACUCUCCAGCACAGGAGAACUUAUGGCUGGACAGUGUCUCUUUAAUUAUUAAGGACUCCUUCGACGGGGAGUUAAUGAUCAUCGAUAACCUAUCGGGCUCCGUCUUCCAUCAUUACUCCUCGCCGGCCAUGUGCGAGAAGUGUAACCAUGACAAGCAAGAGGUCCAACUGGCUGAAAUGGAAGCAUUAUCCCUCAACUCAGACAAGUCCUCUUCCAUCCUUCUAGGAGAUGAGUCAGACAACCGCAGCAUUUCUCAGCCGAGUCCUAAGGAGAUCAAGCAGGAUGGCCAGGACAGCUCUGACUCCAAUGGGGUAGGUGAUCUGGGGGAAUGCCUGCUCCCAAUAUCCAGUGCAGAUGGCUCUACAAACCCAGACAGUUACUUCUGUGAAAUGGAGAAAACUCCUUUCAACUCAGUCCAGUCUUGGCUAAAGCAUGAAGGUACCAAAGUCCCUCCCACCCCCUUUUCUCCAGGUGCAUCUUGCCCUCUGUUGCCUGUACCAGCAGAAUUUUUCCACCCAGCAAUCUCUGCCACCCAGACAGGGCCUGAGAAAGCCUCAUGUCCACGCAACCUUCCUAAGAUCUCUCUGCAAGGCUCAUGGGCAUCACUCAGAUCUCCGAGUGUGAACUGUUCACUUCUUCAUCAGGCCCAUGAGAGCGAUACCUCGCUGGACAGCCGGAGCAGCAGCUCAGCAGGCAGCCUGCAGACCACGCUGGAGGACAGCCUCAACCUCAGCGACUCUCCCCAGUGCACCCUGGACCUCCCGGUGGCCCUGUGCCCCAUGCCAGCUGCCGGCAGCCAAGGACCCCUGGCAGCCCCUCUGUCCCCAGCCUCCCGCCGCCGAAGCCUGCGCGGCCGGGGGCUCUUCAGCUUGCGAAGCAUCUGCCGUCACCAGCGCAGCCACAGCAGCGGUGGGAGCACCAGCCCCGGCUGCACCCACCACGACUCCAUGGACCCCUCGGAUGAGGAGGGGGCAGGCAGCAGCCUGCGGGGUGGGGGCAACAACAGCGAGCCCUCGGAGACGCUCAGUAGCCUCUCGCUGACCUCCCUCUUCUCGCCCCCGCCUCCAGGGCUGUCGCUGGUGAAGAAGUGCAGCAGCACCAGCAGCCUCCACACCAGCCCCUCGCCUCGCCGCCCCACCACCCACCACGCCAAACCCUUCUACACCGUCGACCCCCGGGGCUUCCUCUCAAUGCCCUCCUGGGUGACGGACUUCUGCAAGGACGCCCCUUCUCCCAGGGAAGGAGAGGAGCCAGAUGACCCCGGCAGACUGGGGACAGGGGACCGCAGCUCCCCGCUCCCAUCCGAGCUGGAGCUGGGAGAUGGAGUCAGCAAGAGGAACAGAUGA